GACUGGUUGGAGGUGCCUGCCGGGCAGUUCUGACUGUUGGCUGCUGGUGGCCUUUUGCAGAUGUAUUACUGUCCUUGAACAUUAGCCAAUUUGAAAACACCAACGAAGCUCAGACAUCAGUAUGUCCAAGUACAAACUUAUUAUGUUAAGACAUGGAGAGGGUGCUUGGAAUAAGGAGAAUCGUUUCUGUAGCUGGGUGGAUCAGAAACUUAACAGUGACGGAAUGGAGGAAGCUCGGAACUGUGGGAAGCAACUCAAAGCACUAAACUUUGAGUUUGAUUGUGUAUUCACAUCUGUCCUUAAUCGGUCCAUCCACACGGCCUGGCUGAUCCUGGAAGAGCUGGGGCAGGAAUGGGUUCCUGUGGAAAGCUCCUGGCGUUUAAAUGAACGCCACUAUGGAGCUCUGAUUGGUCUCAACAGGGAGCAGAUGGCUUUGAAUCAUGGUGAAGAACAAGUGAGGCUCUGGAGAAGAAGCUACAAUGUGACCCCGCCUCCCAUAGAGGAGUCUCAUCCUUACUACCAUGAAAUCUACAGUGACCGGAGGUAUAAAGUGUGUGAUGUACCCCUGGAUCAGCUGCCAAAAUCUGAAAGCUUAAAGGAUGUUCUGGAAAGACUCCUUCCCUAUUGGAAUGAAAGGAUUGCUCCUGAAGUUUUAAGUGGUAAAACCGUUCUGAUAUCUGCUCAUGGAAAUAGCAGUAGAGCACUUCUGAAACAUCUAGAAGGAAUUUCAGAUGAAGACAUUAUCAACAUUACUCUUCCUACUGGAGUCCCCAUCCUUCUGGAACUGGAUGAAAAUCUGCAUGCUGUUGGGCCUCACCAGUUCCUGGGGGACCAAGAGGCCAUCCAGGCAGCCAUUAAGAAAGUAGAGGAUCAAGGAAAAGUGAAACAAGCUAAAAAGUGAAGUCUCUCCCAAAUGCUGGCUAGGAAUAGAUGCAAAAGAGGUGGCAUGCAGUGUGUUAUGGGUGCUGAUUUUUCCCUGAUAUUUCAGAUUUUCCAGAGCUAGGCCAUGGAGCAGAGUUUGUGUAGGUAGCUAGGUAACAUAUCUUGGCCCAGAGGAGGCUUUAGGAUGCCUGAGUGUUUGUGUCAUAAGCCUUCUGAGUUAGCUUUCCUGCUAGCCCUGUCUGAAUUACUCCCCAAACUAGUAACCAGUGGGGUUUAACCAAAGUCAUAAUUUUCUGAAACAGGAGACUAACAAGCAGAGAUGAAAUUUAAGGUUUUUACCAUCCCAUAAAUCAUUAUUGAGUCACAGGCACUGUUCUAAUAAGUAGUUCACUUUUAUAUUUAGUAAGAUUUUCUGGGAUGAUAAUAACGGAUAAUAUAUAAUACACUGUAAGUAUGUAUUGCUAGUCUUUUCCUGUAGGAAAAGGGAUACUUUGGUAGGUAAGUCUAGAAGCCCAUUAAAUGGGAAAAUCACAGAUUUGUUCCUCUAAGAAAGCUAACAAGCACAUCACCAUGAUGCAAACAAGACCCUUGGACUUGUCUUCUAGUCCAGAGACAUCCUUUGUUUGACAUUUAGUAGAAUUCCUCUUUGACUGCUAGAAAAGCAGCAAAUGGACAACUGUGGCCAUUUAGGUUCUCUUUUGGUUUGCUUUUUUGAACUUUAAUCCUUGUGUACUUACAAUUAGUUUGACAAUAAAGUUCUGUGGC